AAAAUAUCAAGAACAAAAUCUCACAAAAUUAAUACACUAAACCUUCUUUCACUCUCAGAAAAUUAAGACAGAAAUCUCAAUCUUCGCGUCUAUGGAGGCUGAAGAAGAGCAAGAUUUCGGCUUCAUCUCAGCUACAUCUUUCUUUAAGCGCUCGCUGGUUUCACUCUCUCCCUUCACUCCAACAGCUUCGCCUGCGCCUCGGCGCCUCUCCAGCUGCUUCACCCAGCCGAGCCAGCCGGUCAGGGCCAAACGCCAGUUGGCAUGGGUGUCCCUCCAGGGCCGCCUAGUCGGGGCCGAGGAAGCCAGUUCGUCUAGGGCUAUCGGCGGCGGGUUGAGCCCGGAAGAAGCCGUGGCUUGGGAUCUUUUCACCCCUGUUCAACGGGUUCUUGUUGUCGCUGUUAUCGGCGCCGCCGCCUCCGCCGCGAAUUCGAAGAAGAAUAAACGGAUUUGCGAGCUGGAAAAAUCUGUUCAACUCAGGGAUCAAGUGCUUCUUAAGAUGCAGCAGAAGCUAGAUAAUUUAUGUGAACAGGUCAACGAUCAACUUGAACCUCCUAGUAACAAUUGCUGGCUUUGUGAGCAACACAAGCACCUUCCCAAACUUUUCCCCAUGACUGAUUCAGGUAGGAAGAUGUCAAUGGGGGAAGAAGUGAUCAAGUCUGAAGUACUCAUCCCGGCAAAUGAAACAGAACAAGAAGAGCGCCGCAUGUCUGAUUUAUCAGACUUGGCUCCUAGCGUGGCUUCCUCUGUAGAUACUCAGGUGAACACUGUAACAGUUUAUCAAGAUGACUACAGCCUUCGGAGGGACUGCGAAGAAAAGGAUGCCACCAUAAAAAGUCUCUCUGCCUGUUUACAAUCAUCUGAAUCUCUUGAUUCAAAGAGGAUCACGGAGUUAGAAGGUGUUAUUCGUAGGAAGAAUAUGAUUAUUUCCAAACUGAGAAAGGACAUACUGGUUCUAGAACAGAAGGUUACCAACCUGACAAGACUUCGAAGACCUUCUUUCUCAAAAGCAAACUUGAUGAAGCUUCCUGUGUUGACAGACAAUAUUAUCUAUGAUAUGGACAGCACAACUGGCCCUUCGUCUUCAGAUUCAGAUAACUCCCCCAGGAGGAACAAACCCCAAACUCCUGCUGCUAUGAGUUUGGAGGUUAGCAAAAUUUCUGCAAGGGAAGAAGAGCAGAAACGAGGACAGGAGAAGAAACCUGCACCUGUGAAAGUAAUCGACAGACAUUAUAGUUCUAGGCCAGUAAGCCCUUCAUUAAAUCAGACAGGUAAUUCUGUUUCCAGUUCAAGGAACAAACCCCUCACUCCUGCAGCUAAGAACUUAGAGGUUACCAAAAGUGCUGAAAGGGAAGGAGACCAGAAAUGGGGACCGGAGAAGAAUCCUGCACUUGUGAGACUAACAGACAGGUAUUAUAGCUCGAGGCCAGUAAGCCCUUUGAAGGAAAUAUCAUCCAAUCAGAUAGGCAGUUCAGUUUCCAGUUCAAAAUCAAAGCAAACACCUUCUGGAAGAGAGCCUACAAGUAGGGGCAAGCCUCCUGUUAGGUCGAAGCUCGCGGAUCAGCAUAAGAGAUGGGUUUAAGUACACAUUUCUGUGGAAGGUAUUGCAGGUUGAUACUGCAGCUCAUAGCCGUAUGAUGAAGAUACUCAACUGUUAUGUAACAUUGUAGCAGUUGUAACUACUAAGUGUUAUCAGGAUAUUGUUCAUAUGACUGUUAGUUUUACUGAAAUUAUGCAAAUAGCCAAAUAUCCAGUAAUAGGAGUUAUUAUUAGAGUAAACUGAAUUUUGGGGACAACCGUUGGA